UGGUUUGGAUUAGUCACAUGGUUCUCACAAAAUAUGGCGGCAAAAUUGUUGUAAACGUUUCCCAAGACUGACAACAAAUGUUAUUUCGUAUUUGACUUAUUCCACGAUCUUUGCGAUCAUUGGUCGAGCCUAUUUGAUCCAAGAAAAAACUAGCAUUGAUAUAGAAUGCGUUUGACCUGUGAUAUUAGCAUUGCUAUUCGUAUUGGCGCGUCAGGGCAGACGCGAAACCAGGGAAAGCCAGUCCGAGCUUCACUUGCGAUCGGUAAAAAAGGGAACAGCGACAAAGCUACAGCUUGUCUAAUGCUGUGCACUGCAAAAGAACGCAAUGGCACAAAGUACAAGAUUCAUGGUAACAUCCUCCAAAUAUUCAAUAAAUUUGUCCAAACUGGCAAAGCUACCAUCAGGUUCAAUGAUCCCGCACAUGAUCUAUUUAUAAGCAAGGCAGAUCCAUCAAGUCUGAAGUCUUUCCUUUCCCUGCUAAAGCUCAGUGCAAAAGACAUAGAAAGAGUUGCAUUGUCUACACUUUUGCCAGCAAAAACAUCUGACCUGGAAAAACCAAAAACAGAACUUAUAAUUAAACAGCAGUCCGACUACCCUCUGACAAAACCAUUUCCUGGUAACCUCCAAAGACUAUCAGUGACCAAUUGUAGUAUGAAAUGUGUAGACAGGAGAAUAACCAAGCUUAAGGAGCUCACAUAUCUUAGUCUCCAUGGCAACAUCAUUAAAGAACUGCCGCUUGGUAUUGCAAGUAUGAAACUAAGUGAGCUUCACCUUAUGAAUAAUGGAUUAACAGAGUUCCAUUGGGGGCUAUGCUGCAAUAUGUUGUCUCUGUCCCUAAAGGUUUUGGACUUGAGGGAAAACAGUAUCAAGUCCCUACCUUCUGUGUUUUGCAAUUUCAAGAAUCUUGUACAUUUGAAGCUGGACGACAAUGGACUUCAUCUUCUGCCAAUACACAUGGGUAGAAUGACAAGCCUUCGUUUUUUCUCAGCAAGUGGGAAUAAUCUGCGAGUGCUUCCUUUAAGUUUAUGGAAACUACGGCUAGACUCUGUGGAUGUUUCUAAUAAUGACUUCCUACCGGAAAAUGAAUGGUGUCUUGUUAAUAACAUGUGUGUACCCUCCCUUAUGGAGCUGGCUGGCAGAUCAGCUAGGAAAAACCAUGUUGGCUACUCAAUGAAAUCACUCCCAUUGUCACUGUGCACAUUUCUUGAUAAUGCCAAGGAGUGUUCCUGUGGCCAGGUCUGCUUUACCUCUUGUAUUCACUACAUCACUAAGGUCAACAUCCAUCAUAUUGCAAGCACUGUGGUCUCGGCAGGUCCAACACAGAGUCUGCUGCCAGCGGAAGGUUACCUCUGUUCACAAAAAUGCCUACUGGCCUUGCACAAGUCAAGAGCCAGGCAUGUAUACUGAUGAGCGUUUGUGCUGAAAGUGUACAUGCCAGACCUUUAAACGCUUUCUAACCAGGGAAUUGACAACUGGGCUUUCUCUUAUAAUUUGCAUAAGGAUGCUAGAAAUCAUAGGAAGACUAUUCCAGAUUAUGCCAGCAUUGCUGAAACAUUGUGAAAUAGUACCCAGUGAUAAACAAUAAUUAUUUAUAUAUUCAUAGGACGAUCUGGGGGUGAAUUGCAGCCCCCACCAUUCUCAAAGACUUUGCAUAUCAAAUUCUGAAAUUCUAGAAAUUAUAUUGUACAGUCUCUGUAUUUUAUAAAUAACGAGCACUUAGAUUGAA